AUGCAGAAUCAGAAUGCUGCCAUCAAGAAACUAGAGACACAAAUUGGUUAUCUAUUCAAGCAGCUUUCUAACCACAACUUCUGCAAUAAUAACAAUUCAAGCAAAGAGGAGGAGUGUCAAGCUAUAACACUUAGAAGUGGAAAGGAACUUAAGAAACUCUCCCAAAAACCACAAGAAGAAGGCUCAACUGAAAAGGAAGAAGAGCAAGAUGGAGUUAAAACUCCCACUUCAAGUCCACAAAAAGAAAAAGGGAUGCCAAAAUUGAACAUCUCAAGAGCUCCAUAUCCUCAGCAAUUGAAGAAAAAGGAAGAUGACAACCAGUUCGUGAGAUUCUUGGAAAUAUUUAAGAAACUACAAAUCAACAUACCCUUUGCUGAAGCAAUAGAACAAAUGCCACUCUAUGCCAAGUUCCUGAAGGAGCUGAUGACUAAGAAGAGAAGCUUGAAGAACAAUGAGACUGUGAUACUAACUGAAGAAUGUAGUGCCAUCAUCCAGCACAAACUACCCCAGAAGUUGAAGGAUCCUGGGAGCUUUCAGAUCCCUUGUAUUAUAGGGGAAAUCACAGUAGAGAAGGCCCUUUGUGACUUAGGAGCCAGCAUCAAUUUGAUGUCAGUAGCAAUGAUAAGGAAGAUGAAGAUCGAGGAGGCUAAACCAACAAAAAUGGCCUUACAACUGGCAGAUCGAUCGUUCAAAUUCCCUCAUGGCAUAGUAGAGGAUUUGUUGGUGAAAGUAGGAGACUUCAUAUUCCCGGCAGAUUUUGUAGUGUUGGACAUGCAGGAGGAAGCAAAAACCUCCAUUAUUCUAGGAAGGCCGUUCUUAGCCACUGCUGGAGCUAUCAUUGAUGUCCAGAAAGGUGAUCUUACCUUGAGAUUACACAAUGAAAAGAUGGCAUUCAAUGUGUUCAAGGCCAUGAGUUAUCCACCAGAACAAUUAGGGGAAUACAUGAGGAUUGACGCGCUUGAAGAAGAAGUGCAGGAGUGUUACAAAGAAGAAGAGCAUGAAGAGCCCGAGAGAUCAAUGGAGGAGGAAUAUAUAUCAAGUGAGGAGGUUGCCACAGCAGAGAGUCACGUUCAAGAUGCACCACAGGAAGAGACUGAAAAGUCAGAAGCACCCAAGGUUGAACUUAAAGCAUUGCCACCCACUCUCAAAUAUGCAUACCUAAGAGAAAAUGAAAACUACCCAGUGAUCAUAAGCUCGUGCCUCAGCCAAGAUCAAGAGGAUAAACUGCUCAAGGUGCUACGGGAGCAUAAGGACGCCAUUGGAUGGACCCUUGCUGACCUGAAGGGAAUCAAUUCAACUAUAUACAUGCAUAAAAUACUGUUGGAAGAUGAUGCAAAACCAUUCAUUCAAUCCCAAAGGAGGCUGAACCCAAUCAUGAAGGAAGUGGUACAUAUAGAGGUUAUGAAGCUUUGGCAAGGAGGAGUAAUAUACCCGAUCUCAGAUAGCCCUUGGGUCAGCCCCGUGCAUGUUGUGCCCAAGAAGGGAGGAAUCACUGUGGUUCCCAAUGAGAGGAACGAACUGAUACCUACAAGAACCGUCACAGGAUGGCGGAUGUGCAUUGACUAUCGGAAACUCAAUGAAGCCACACGAAAGGAUCAUUUUCCUCUCCCAUUCAUGUAUCAGAUGUUGGAAAGACUUGCAGGGCAUGCUUAUUACUGUUUUCUUGAUGGAGGAAUAGUUCUUGGCCAUAAGAUUUCUAACCAAGGAAUCGAAGUGGACAGAGCUAAAGUAGAACUUAUUGAAAAGCUCCCUCCACCCAGUGAUGUCAACGCAAUUAGAAGCUUUUUAAGGCAUGCUGGCUUUUACAGAAGAUUUAUUAAAGAUUUUUUAAAAAUAGCUAAGCCCUUGAGUAAUCUCCUUGUAUCAGAUACACCAUUCAUCUUUGAUGAAACCUGCAUGUUGGCAUUUGAGCAUUUGAAAGAAAAAUUGUCCUCUGCCCCUAUCAUCUCCCCACCUGAUUGGAACUUACCCUUUGAAUUGAUGUGUGAUGCAUCUGACUUUGCAGUAGGGGUAGUGUUAGGGCAGAGGAAAAAUAACUUAGUCCAUGUAAUAUACUAUGCUAGCAAGGUCCUCAAUGAUGCUCAAAGAAAUUAUACCACUACUGAAAAGGAAUUGCUAGCCAUAGUUUUUGCAUUUGACAAGUUUAGAUCAUAUCUCAUUGGUGCUAAAGAGUUUGAUAUUGAAAUCAGAGACAAGAAGGGAGUGGAGAACAAGGUGGUAGAUCACCUAUCAAAGAUUCCUCAUGAGGAAGGGGAAACACAUGAUAUGAGUGUGAAUGAGCUCUUCCUUGAUGAGCAGUUAAUGACAGUGAACAAAGCUCCAUGGUUUGCAGACAUUGCCAACUUAAAGGCAACUGGAGCUCUACCUCCAGGGAUCAAUAAACAUCAAAAGAGGAAGCUCAUGAAUGAUGCAAAAUACUUUGUCUGGGAUGAGCCUUAUCUUUUCAAGAAGUGUUCAGAUGGAAUCCUUAGAAGAUGUGUUUCAGAAGAGGAAGGACGAGAAGUACUAUGGAAUUGCCACGGCUCAUGCUACGGAGGCCACUUUGGAGGGGACAGGACUGCAGCAAAGGUGUUACAAAGUGGAUUCUUUUGGCCCACCCUUUUCAAGGAUGCCAAAGAAUUGGUAAGGAGUUGCAAUGAAUGUCAGAGAUCUGGGAACUUGCCCAAAAGAAAUGCCAUGCCACAGAAUUUCAUUUUGGAACUGGAAGUAUUUGAUGUGUGGGGAAUAGAUUUUAUGGGACCAUUCCCAACCUCAUAUGCAAAUAAGUACAUCUUGGUAGCAGUGGAUUAUGUGUCCAAAUGGGUAGAGGCCAUUGCAACCCCAACAAAUGACAAUAAAGUGGUAGCCACACCUUACCAUCCCCAAACAAGUGGACAAACAGAGAUAUCCAACAGAGAGCUAAAGAGAAUUCUGGAGAAGACUGUAGGUGCAUCAAGAAAAGAUUGGGCGAAGAAGCUGGAUGAUGCUCUUUGGGCAUACAGGACCGCAUUCAAAACACCACUGGGAAUGUCUCCAUAUCAACUGGUUUAUGGGAAAGCUUGCCAUUUACCACUAGAAUUGGAACACAAAGCUCUCUGGGCCAUCAAGAUAUUGAACUUUGACAGCAUUGCUGCUGGUGCAAAGAGAAUCUUGCAACUGCAAGAGACAGAGGAAUUCAGGUCAAAAGCCUAUGAAAAUACUAAAAUAUAUAAGGAGAAGGCAAACAGGUGA